AUGGUGUACAAUAUCAGUAAAAGCGCACAACUUAAAAUUGACGCUACGUUACAUCCAGAGGUAAUGAAUUCUAUUGGAAGAUAUGAUGCAAAACCGUUGAAAGAGUUAACAGAUUUACUCACAAAACAUCCAAUCAGGAAUGUAAUUCUGGCCAUAAGUUUGGGCUUGAUAUCUUGGAAUUUACUUGUCAAACUACGAACAUACCACAAUCAGAAACGGUUAACAGUUAAGCGAAGGCAAGUCGAACAAAAUGUCAAAAAAAUUAGACAAAGUUUGUCGAAUUUGCCAACGUCAGUCUCAAGCACCAUUUGUAACGAAAGCUUGUCAUAUUUAUCUGAGCAGAUCAAGUUGGGGAGAUUGGAACCCGCUGAUGUACUACAUGCUUUUCAGCUCAAAGCGUUGGAGUUGUACGAUAACGGAAAUUCAGGUAUUUGUGAAUUCAUUUUGGAGGCAGAAGAGAAUGCUGUUAACAUGAUCUCGUCAUCGGACAUCGAUAAAGAAUCACAGCUGUAUGGGAUUCCAAUUAGCAUAAAAGAGAGUUUUACAUUGGGUGGUUAUGAUAGUACUGUGGGUGUCAUCAAACUCUGUAAUAAACCUAUGAGCGAUGACUGUGUUCUCGUGAAAGUACUCAAGAGUGUCGGUUCAAUCCCCUUCGUAACUACUGUGACCAGUCAGUUAUGUCGCACAUUGGAUAGCUUUCACUGUGUUUAUCGUGAGGCAAAACACCCAAUGAAUUCGUUGAGAAUGCCUGGUGGGAGUUCAACGGGGGAAGCUGUACUAUUGGCGCUGAAUGGUUCUCCAGUUGGUAUCGGUGGUGAUAUUGCUGGUAGCAUUCGUAUACCGUGCGCAUUUUGCGGUUUAGCUGGUUUAAAACCAACGUUUGGAAGGCUGAGCAUAUCGGGCAUACCAUCAGCCACGAAGCAAUCCGUGCUUCACAUAGGCGCUUGCCCAGGACCCAUGGGUAGGAAGGUGGAAGACUUGGCUCGUGUAAUGCGUGCAUUGUUGUGCCCUACGAUGUUUGAUCUGGACCCUUAUGUUAUACCGUUGCGUUUCAAUGAGGAUUUAUAUGAAGGGAAGGGGAAGCGCCAGCUAGUAAUUGGUUAUUAUUGCAACCUUGAUGAUCCGAAUCUCAUUCAGGUGGUGGAUGUGAAUAGACAAGUUGUGGAGAAGGCAGUUAAGGCGUUAGAGAGUUCUGGACACAAAGUUGUAAAGUUCACCGUCCCUCAUCCUUAUGAGGCUUACGUUCUUGGUCUGCGUGCUUUGUUUGCAGAUGGAGGUUGUGAACUACGAAAGCAGUUACACGGCGAACCUAUGAGUCCACAGCUUAAACUUCUAAAUCUUAUCCUCGGAUUUCCAGACUUUCUAAAACCUAUCAUGGGGUUCCUAUCCCGAUUGUUUGUUGGAAGACCAGUCGGUAUAACAAAUGCACUUCGGAAACUGAAAGAUGGUCAGGCAGCACUUGACUUAAUUAAUGAAAUCAAUAGCUAUCGACGUGAAUUCGCCAAAGCUUGGAGUGAAGCAGGCCCACUGGAUGCACUGAUUUGCCCAGUGUCUUCAUACCCUGCCCCUCCCGACGAUGCUUCACCUUUGUACAUUUCACCAUCAAUUGUGUAUACAUUUUUGUAUAAUAUUUUGGAUUAUCCUGCUGGAGCAGUUCCGGCGGGUUUUGUCAGUAGACAGGAUGUUCGAGAUGCACUAGUGAAAUCUGAAUCCCUUGUCACUGCUGGUGAUACCUACAUGUCUAAAGUGCACAAACUUUUAGAUGGAGGAGAGAAUAUGCCACUUUCCAUCCAAGUAGUUGGCAAACCAUAUCAUGAAGAGACUGUUCUUCGAGUAAUGAAUUCUAUUGGAAGAUAUGAUGCAAAACCGUUGAAAGAGUUAACAGAUUUACUCACAAAACAUCCAAUCAGGAAUGUAAUUCUGGCCAUAAGUUUGGGCUUGAUAUCUUGGAAUUUACUUGUCAAACUACGAACAUACCACAAUCAGAAACGGUUAACAGUUAAGCGAAGGCAAGUCGAACAAAAUGUCAAAAAAAUUAGACAAAGUUUGUCGAAUUUGCCAACGUCAGUCUCAAGCACCAUUUGUAACGAAAGCUUGUCAUAUUUAUCUGAGCAGAUCAAGUUGGGGAGAUUGGAACCCGCUGAUGUACUACAUGCUUUUCAGCUCAAAGCGUUGGAGUUGUACGAUAACGGAAAUUCAGGUAUUUGUGAAUUCAUUUUGGAGGCAGAAGAGAAUGCUGUUAACAUGAUCUCGUCAUCGGACAUCGAUAAAGAAUCACAGCUGUAUGGGAUUCCAAUUAGCAUAAAAGAGAGUUUUACAUUGGGUGGUUAUGAUAGUACUGUGGGUGUCAUCAAACUCUGUAAUAAACCUAUGAGCGAUGACUGUGUUCUCGUGAAAGUACUCAAGAGUGUCGGUUCAAUCCCCUUCGUAACUACUGUGACCAGUCAGUUAUGUCGCACAUUGGAUAGCUUUCACUGUGUUUAUCGUGAGGCAAAACACCCAAUGAAUUCGUUGAGAAUGCCUGGUGGGAGUUCAACGGGGGAAGCUGUACUAUUGGCGCUGAAUGGUUCUCCAGUUGGUAUCGGUGGUGAUAUUGCUGGUAGCAUUCGUAUACCGUGCGCAUUUUGCGGUUUAGCUGGUUUAAAACCAACGUUUGGAAGGCUGAGCAUAUCGGGCAUACCAUCAGCCACGAAGCAAUCCGUGCUUCACAUAGGCGCUUGCCCAGGACCCAUGGGUAGGAAGGUGGAAGACUUGGCUCGUGUAAUGCGUGCAUUGUUGUGCCCUACGAUGUUUGAUCUGGACCCUUAUGUUAUACCGUUGCGUUUCAAUGAGGAUUUAUAUGAAGGGAAGGGGAAGCGCCAGCUAGUAAUUGGUUAUUAUUGCAACCUUGAUGAUCCGAAUCUCAUUCAGGUGGUGGAUGUGAAUAGACAAGUUGUGGAGAAGGCAGUUAAGGCGUUAGAGAGUUCUGGACACAAAGUUGUAAAGUUCACCGUCCCUCAUCCUUAUGAGGCUUACGUUCUUGGUCUGCGUGCUUUGUUUGCAGAUGGAGGUUGUGAACUACGAAAGCAGUUACACGGCGAACCUAUGAGUCCACAGCUUAAACUUCUAAAUCUUAUCCUCGGAUUUCCAGACUUUCUAAAACCUAUCAUGGGGUUCCUAUCCCGAUUGUUUGUUGGAAGACCAGUCGGUAUAACAAGUGCACUUCGGAAACUGAAAGAUGGUCAGGCAGCACUUGACUUAAUUAAUGAAAUCAAUAGCUAUCGACGUGAAUUCGCCAAAGCUUGGAGUGAAGCAGGCCCACUGGAUGCACUGAUUUGCCCAGUGUCUUCAUACCCUGCCCCUCCCGACGAUGCUUCACCUUUGUACAUUUCACCAUCAAUUGUGUAUACAUUUUUGUAUAAUAUUUUGGAUUAUCCUGCUGGAGCAGUUCCGGCGGGUUUUGUCAGUAGACAGGAUGUUCGAGAUGCACUAGUGAAAUCUGAAUCCCUUGUCACUGCUGGUGAUACCUACAUGUCUAAAGUGCACAAACUUUUAGAUGGAGGAGAGAAUAUGCCACUUUCCAUCCAAGUAGUUGGCAAACCAUAUCAUGAAGAGACUGUUCUUCGAGUAAUGCGUGAGAUAGAAGGGAUUUUUUCUCCCUAGGAACUAACACAAAUUAAACAAUAUUUUCCUUUUCGUUUGUGUAUGUGAAGUUUGUUUUGAUACUGCAGAUUAUGUUUUUACAGAGUUAAGCUUGUAUUCUACAUUGGAUUAAAUGUGAUAAAAUGGUGGUAUAAUAUCAUGACUUGGAUUUAUUUACAUAUUUUUUAAGCAGAAUAUUCAACUAUUUUUAAUUUGAGUGAUCCCUGUUACAAUUUCAAUUUUUUCUUGUGCUGCUGGGAGCAGUUUAUUGAGUAAACUUUUAACCUUAUUUUGUGCUUUUGAGAACAUCAUGUUAAUAAUAAU